CUAAUAGAUUAAAGGUGCGGGAGGUGCGGGCUCGAAUUGCGGGGGUGUAGGAAGCGACGCUUGAUUACAAAUAUGAAGAAAUGGACACUAGUGCUCUUGGCAAUCAGGCUUGCAUCUGUUGUCUUAACACAGACAUCUUUUGUUCCGGAUGAGUACUGGCAGUCUCUGGAGAUUGCCCACAAGAUAAGCUUUGGGUUCGUAUACAUAAUAUUUACGAUAUGCCGCGGAUGCUCAACUUUGUCAGAUCAGUGUGUGGUGCCCAGCUUCCUUGUCUGUCACCGGGCAUGUGUUAUGAUCCUUUGCUGAGACCUGAGGGUGCAGCAAUUUUCCACAUGUGCUGUUGUAAGGCUGUGUUUCUGGUUCUGUUUACCUGCACUAUAAAAUGUGGUAAGCUUGUUUCGUGCUAAGCAAGUCUCUCCAUUAAAACUUGUGGAGAGGCAUGACCAUAAUAUUCGUAAGAAAAUGGCUUGUUUAUUCAAUAAAGGUGAUUGCAUGAAUGGUGCGUUGAAAACGUGUGAUGCGUUUUCUGAACAAAGGAUGACACUUUUAUUGCCAGCUGGUUUCUGUUAAAAUUUCCGCGUGCUUUCUUACUGAUGGGCAGUUUCUGAAUCCAGCGGUUAGACAGGUAUCAUAUCGCAAUGAUAUAUCUGGAUUUCGUGAUGCAAGCAUUGUUGUCAUGACACUGUCAUCAUCAUACUUAGUGCAGCAUUUGGCUGUUUGUUGUUUUCUGUGAGUUUUUGCCAUGUGCAUACAUGUCCAGUUUAGAUUUCAGCCUGAACACGCCAGGACAUAAUUAUAUGACGCCCAUCCAUACAUGCAGCCAGGACGUUGGCAUGGAAGGGCACAGUUGACAAAGGGCCCCUGAUAGCCAAAGGGGAGAAAUAACCUAAAAAUCUGCGACAGUAAAGUACCAAAAAAGUCACUGAAUAGAGCCAUUCGUUUGUGAGGGCAUUUGGGCAUUGAGGGCUUUUCCUUGAUGGUUUUCAUAUCUGUCUUCUUUGGCUGGAAUAGAAGCCAGAAGUUACCGCGAGAUCAAUUCUGUCGAGUCUGUAGACAGUUCACUGAAGAAAGCAUGCGCUGAACGCUGCAUGACACAUGUCACGGGCGCUCCCCAUUUUACGGCCCGAGUGCAAUCGGGUCCUCGAUCGUUGGCUCCGAGGGGCUCUCCGACCCUCUUCGGACCUCCUCAUACAAAGCACAUGAUCGACUAGGGGUCACUAGCCGUAACAUGAGCUCCUGUUAUGCAUCAUGGGCCCCUGAUCGACGCAAUGGCUCCAACCCCCGUGCCCCCCGGCCUUGGCCCUGACGGAGCGAACGGGCCUCAUCGAGCAUUGCUGUUAGUCGGAUCGGAUUCCCUUGUAAGCACAGGGUCCUCUGUUAGGUGCUGUGGGCCCCAGACAGAUACACGGGCCCUGACUGGCGUAAAUUUCUGGCUCCAGCCUUGUAGCUGAUUGGAAAUGGGCCCUCGGGCCUAUACCAAUACGAGCGGACUGUGCGGUUCCGGUGGUGUCUGACCGAAAUAUAGACCCAUAGCGACUCGGUAUCCAUGAUUGGCACACAGGACCCGCGUGGUGGUCAUUUGAGGAUCCGUUUCCGUAGGCCGGAGCCCCUGAAUAAGAUCCCGACCAGGCUUUCGUGCCCUUACGGUCCAAUCGAGCCCUUGAUCGCCGGACCUGGUGGGCCCUCCAGGCUCUUUGGGCCUUCUCGAACACUGCCUGUGGCCGACUUGGUGCCCCUUGCCAGUACAAGGCGCAUUAGGCGCUGUGGGCCCGACGAAUGUAAAUCAGUGGCUCCGGCUUUGCCGCUGCUCGGGAAAUAAGCUCUCAGGUCCACGCCGCCACGGAGUCGGAUGUGCGUUACUGGCGGUGUCUGAGGACAUAUCGGCCCUCAUCGAUUUAGGGGCCCCUGAUCAGACGCAGGGCUCUCUGGGUGGUAUUUGAGUGCCCAGCCCUGCGGGCCGGGGCUCCUGAAUACGACAUCUGGCCGGCGUUUCGGGCUCUUAAUCGUAUGUCUUGAGGGAUCCUCCAGACCCCUUGGAAUCUAAGGGCGGCACGUUCCCCCUGUGUGCCCCAUUCCCCUCUGCCUGCGCUACUGAGUCCAUGAAACCACAGUGACCUAUUGCUCCAGUUCCAACACCUAGGUAUGGCUACAGUACAUGGGAGUGGAGAGAGGGGAUUCGAAGCUACCUUCUACCACUGUUGAUUGGAGGACUGUACAAGAUUUUACAAAUAUUGAACAUGGACAGUAGAGAAAUGUUGGUUUACAGUCCGCGCCUGCUGGUGGCGCUGCUCACCUGGGCCGGCGACGUGGCGCUGGUGGAGGCGGCCCGCCGGCUGUGGGGCUCACACACGGCUGGCCACACGGCCUGGAGUCUGGCCACUUCCUGGUGCCUCUUCUACUGCGGCUCCCGGACCCUGGCGAACACCGUGGAGAUGGCGCUGCUGGCCAUGGCGCUCCGCCGGUACCCGUGGAGACCGUGGCUGGGCGACCCAGUGCGCGGCUACCUCUGGCUAGGGGCACUGGCGGCCGUGCUGCGACCGACCGCAGCACUCACCUGGCUGCCGCUGUGGCUGGCCGACUUCAGCUACACGAGCAACAAGUGCGCGCUGCUCUUGACCUCGUCCGCCGCCGGACUGGCGGCGGCGGCAGCGUGCCUGCUGGUUGACUCCCUGGGCCACGGCGCGCCGCUCUUCAGCCCGAUCACCUUCGUUCGCUGGAACGUGCUGGGCGGCGUGGCCUCCCACUACGGCACGUCACCGUGGCACGCGCACCUGACGGCCAGCCUGCCGACCCUGCUGGGUUUGCACGCGGUGCCGGCGCUGCUGGCGGCGCGCCGGCCCGGCCGGACCGAGGGCGUCUGCCUGGCGGCACUGCUCUGGCUGGUGACCGUGUACAGCGCCCUACCACACAAGGAGUUUCGGUUUCUGUUGCCAGCCUGGCCGUUCUGCGCGUUACUUGCUGGCAAAGGCUUCUCCUGGCUCAGUCGAACCAACAGGAGGUGCUGUUCAGGUCUGAAGCUGUUGAUUUUGCUCACAAACGUCGCUGCCGCCCUCUACCUGGGGCUCGUUCAUCAACGUGGCCCGCUAGAUGUCACUAGUCAACUGGUGACAAGGUUGCACGACGGCCCGUUGGAUAAGGCGUCCAUUCUUUACCUGAUGCCGUGUCACAGCACACCUUUGUACAGUCACCUGCACCUGAACGUGACGACCCGCUUCCUGACGUGUGAGCCGAACCUUGCGGCCGCCGCCAACUACGUGGACGAGGCUGACCAGUUCUACAGCGGGCCGCUGCGCUGGCUGCGGCACGAGUACCCGUCCCUGCUGGCGCAGCCGGCCGCCGAGCCAGCCGGCCGCCGGCUACCCAGCCACAUAAUCCUCUUCGACGGGCUGUGGCGGACGCUGGCGGCGGAGGUGCGCGGCUUUACCGUCUGUGCGAGCGUCUUCCACGCGCACGCCUCCGACGAGAGGCGCGGCGGACGGAUCCUGGUGCUCUGCAGGGACGGCUGGGCCGGGGAUUAGGCCGCCGGGUUUGUACCAUUCGUGCGGCCACGCUCCGUACCUUCGGGGAUACACCGCGACUGGAUGGGUGGAACUGAGCACGAGCUUCAGUUAUUAUGCUCUAUGCUGCUAGAGGGACAUUAUGUGAUGUGGGACGGAAAGAGCGAAGAUGUGAUCUCAUGUUUGAUAAUGUUAUGGUUUGUGACGCGUAGUUUGUCAAGUGUUUGACAUGCCUUACGGGUACAAAUACAGUGCUGUAACAUUUGCUCGGAUAUUGUCCGCCACUCAAAAGUGUGGACAACGAGAGAUUUGGGGGGAAAAUCGGCCGGACGACAAGAGGUUUUGUUGAAAACUAAAAAGGUGCAAUUGCUUCAGCGUGGCAGUGUUUUCGCUUUUAGGGUUGUGCUCUUGACCAAACGGCGCCUUGAGCACCCGCGUCAUCCUGAAGGUGCAGUCCGUAGGUGCAGCCAACAAGAAGCGUCAUCGUAUGAAUGCAAAAUUGGCCAGCAAUCAUGUUGACUAGCUCACAUAAAUCUCAUCUCUCCGCCAUUUGUUGAUGGUGGGCUGUGUAGCACGGUGGAGCGGAUGGCGA